AUGCUCCCAAAGGACCUCCAAAAGAAACUUGAUGAAAGAGUUGCACGUGCUGCGUCACAUGGUUUCACCUGUGAAACACUAUAUGCCUCGAAGAGCUUGCUUCGGCUACUCUGCAGAAGUAAUGAAGAUGCAGCAGAUUGGGCAUUGCAGGACCUGACAGUCAAAUAUGACCUACCCACAAAGCCACGGGAGCGCUUCAUGGUCACAUCAAAAGACAUUGGUUAUCUUCUUCGUGGUCUUUUCGGCGAUGAUUGGCAUGACUACAAGCACAAGAGAGCAUGUGUACAAACAGGGAGUGCUCUUGCACUAUUUGCUGGCUCAGGUUCUAGGGCAGGUGCUGUGAUGGAGUCAAGUGCUUAUUGUAACUCCAAUGAAUGUCUAUAUUACAGGCAUCUUACCUUUAAUAUUAAAUCAGGCACUGAUGGUCAAAUCAAACGCUGGGUGACGAUUGAUGCUGAGUUUCUAAAAGGAUGGCGCUAUCGCGACGAUAAAGACUUGAUGGUGACUCCGGAAGGGCCACAGUGGAAUAAAGUGUUGUCCUUCUCCUCUCUGCGCCACAAUUUUUCGAGUCUAGCUCAGCGCGAGGGCUUCAAAGACCGACUACGGGUACACGGAAUUUGUGGUGGUGAUGCAAACUGCAUUGAUUCUAAGGCGUCGGAGGCGACUCACAGCCAGGCUUUUGACCAUCAAAGUCAUGACACAUAUAUUAAAAACCAAUCUGUGCUCAAGUCUUUGGAUAUCCAGGCCUUAUUCUAUGACUUGGAACCCGAUUAUGAUUGCCGAAACAUGGAACAGAGCAUGGCUCACCACAGAGAUCCCAAUGCUCCCCAGAAAUUAGACGCGGCUGCUAUCGCAGCAUUUGAAGAGAGAGACGAGAUCAAGGUUAUAAAUGAGAGAAUUGCUUAUCUGGCUUCAGCAACUGCUGGGAAGCCCCAGCUUCAUAAGCAACUUACUGUCAAACGGACACAACUCCACAACAGAAAAUCUAAACACCUAGAAGCUUGGAAGAAGGACUUCAUACAAAAUUGA